CGAUUGUUUAAUCUGCACGUGAUGCAUGAAUAUUCCGUGGGCAGAUAAGCAGGAGUGGCUUUUCAUUGGGCCGAUAAAAAGAGGCUUUGCAGAUCCAGUCAGCAGCAUUCACGGUCAACAACAACGAGCAGGCGACCGCGUACUGGAAGUGACGAAAGUUUCAACGCCAUAUCUCUGUACUUCAAUCACAGAUAGAAAAGGAAGAUGGGUGUAACGGCUAAUAUUCUCCUCUGUCUAAUCAGCUGCUCUCUGUACAUAUCACUAGCACAUAGUCAGAGAUUCCCGUUUAUCCGGUACCUGAGGACAGGAGGGGGAUUCCCAGUGAUGCAACGGGUAUACCUGAAAUCAGCCGUAGAGGAACCGGACGUGGAGCCAGAGACGUGUGUCAGCCUGAUGAAUUCCUGUAUACCGGAUGUCACAGAGUGCUGUAACAACAUGAAAUGUCUCAACCGAGCCCACAGCUAUUGUCUGUAUCCACUGGAGAAGUGUCUGUGUAUAUCCUCUACAUCACACAACAUGGACAUGUUGUAGUCGUCCGUCAGCUUACAACCGUCAGAUCCACUGAUACAUUUCCCUGACUGACUAAAGCUCAGUGACAUGUAAGGUGAUGAACACUACUAAUGCAUUCUUUAAUUAGUUAUUAACCUUGCUCGAGUAUCCCAUCCUUCACUUCCGUUAGUAGUCGAUAUAUGGCAUUAAAAAUCAAAUCAUGUAAUCAUUUCUACUUAUACAAGUCAAAAUAAAACCACAUAAAUUAUCAAUCUUUA